AUGACCAUUCCCGAUCUUCACCCGGAAGUGCACUUACAUGCCAUCAAAAGUGGUCUACGCCCCAGAAAAUUCCAGGAGACGAUCACAGUAGCUAAGCCAAAAACUUUAGCUGAAUUUCGAGAAAAAGCUAAAGGCCAAAUGGAAAUCGAAGAAUUAAGACAAGCUAGGAACUCAGAAAAAAGCUCGGCAAGCAAAGAAGAUGACAGGGGACGCGAUAACAAGCGACCUCAACGAUUAACACCACGAUAUGACUCAUAUACACAGUUCAACACCAAGCGGGAGAACAUCAUCAAAGAAAUAUUAAACUCGAAAUUAAUCAAACCUCCCAGGAAGGCCGGAACCUACCCGGAAUCAAAGAAUGUAGACAAGACUAAGUACUGUGCUUUCCAUAAAAAAUACGGACAUACAACAGAUGAAUGUGUUAUUGCUAAGGAUCUGCUAGAGCGCCUAGCUCGGCAGGGACAUCUUGACAAAUAUAUCGGGGGGCAUAUCCAGAAACAAGGCACACAAAAUUCUGAUUUAGCAGGUUCUUCAUCUCAAGGCAAAGACAAAGCCCUAUUAGCUCCACCAACUCAACCUCAGGGGGUGAUCAACUAUAUAUCUGGAGGAUUCGCUGGAGGAGGAGAAACAAGUUUUACUCGAAAACGAACUUACAGAGCUAUGUUGGCAGUGGAAAAUACGACCAAUACUCGUCAACCAGUAUUGAAUGUACCAAACAUGACUUUUCAUCCAUCCGACCUUAUCUCAACCGACCUUAAUUUAGACGACCCUGUCGUCAUUACAUUACAGUUAGGAGAUCUACUAGUACGGAAGGUCCUGUUAGGUCCCGGGAGCAGUGCCGACGUUCUGUUUUAUUCAACAUUCAAAAAGAUGAAAUUAAGUGACAACUUGCUCCAGUCAUCAACCGGCGACCUUGUAGGGUUCUCAGGUGAACGAGUUCCUAUCCUUGGUACAGUGUGGUUACAAACCACACUCGGUGAGCACCCUCUAUCUAAAACCCAAGAUAUUCAGUAUCUUGUGGUCGACUGCUUUAGUCCAUAUAAUCUCAUUCUUGGCAGACCUUUUUUAAAUAAAUUUGGUGCAAUUGUAUCUACCGUUCACCUUUGUGUGAAGUUCCAUGUGCAGGAUAACAUUAUUGCCACCGUCCAUAGUGAUCACCGUGAGGCGCGCCACUGUUACAAUACUAGUUUAAAACUCCCAAAUAGACAGAACAGGGCACAAGUUAAUGCUAUCCUUAAGCAACCAGACUCACCUCCUUUGGCCGAGCUUGACCCCCGUGCCGAGCUCCAAGACCGACCUAUGCCAAAUGAGGACCUAAUAAAAGUAAGCUUAACUGAUGAUAAAACAAAAUUUACUUUUGUAGGUUCAACAGUUCAAGGUGCCGACAAAGAAAAGCUCAUCCAAUUCCUCCGACAAAACGCCGAUCUCUUUGCUUGGACACCAGAAGAUAUGCCAGGGAUUGACCCAACAGUCAUAUCUCAUAAACUGGCUAUAAUCUGGGACCUUUGA